AUGCCAUUCACCCAUAUCACCCUCAAUGACGGCCGCAAGAUGCCCGCUAUCGCUUUCGGCACAGCCAAAAUCCCCGACGCUGCUUCAAACAUCUCCCAGGCCAUCAAAGUCGGAUUCACUCAUAUCGACACUGCUCAAAACUACGGUACCGAAACAGAUGUCGGCCUCGCCAUCAAAUCAAGCGAUCUCCCCCGCCAGGAUCUGUGGAUAACCACCAAAUGGUCCAACGUAGACGACAAGUCGCCCCGCCAGUCCAUCACCGAAUCCCUCGAAAACCUCGGCGUGGAGUAUGUGGAUCUGUACCUCAUCCACAGCCCGAGCUUUCAGAAAGGACGCGGCGAGAUUCAGGAUUGGUGGAAGGAAUUUGAAGCGUUGUAUGAGGAGGGGCUUGCAAAGUCUAUUGGGGUUUCAAAUUUUACGAAAGAACAAAUGGAAGAACUCCUUCUGCAUGCGACUAUCAAGCCGGUCGUGAACCAGAUCUUCCUCCACCCUUACAAUAUCGUCACCCAAGGUCCCCUCGUCGCAUCCCUUGCCGAACAGAACAUUGUAACAGAAGGCUAUUCUACCUUGAUGCCUCUCACCUCUAUGCCCGGUGGACCUGUUGACAAACCCGUCGAAGAGAUCGCAAAGAGGCUCGGGAAGACGCCCGAACAGGUCUUGUUGGCUUGGUCCAAAGCCAAGGGCGUUGUAAUUGUGACAACCUCUUGCAAGAAGGAUCGUCUCGAGUCGUACCUUGAAGUCGGCGAUAUUACGCUGUCGCCUCAAGACGUUGAUGCUAUCGACGAGGCUGGUAAGACUGGCUUUGUCGGCGUGAUGAAUUGA